AUGUCUUAUAUCAAAACCAGUGAUGUAUUCAACUCAGUUCAACAACUACCACCAGAUGCUUUAUUCAAUUUAAAAGCUAGAUUAAGUAAAGACCCUAGACCAUUAAAAGUCGAUUUGGGUAUUGGUGCCUACAGAGAUAAUAACGGGAAACCAUGGGUUUUACCUAGUGUCGUUAAGGCCGAAAAGCUUAUUACUUCUGAUCCAAACUACAAUCAUGAGUACCUAGGCAUUUCAGGGUUGCCCCAAUUAACUAAGGCUGCUGCUAAAACCAUUAUUGGACACGCUAAUUUUGAUCACGACAGAAUUAUUUCUGUCCAAAGUUUAAGUGGAACAGGUGCUUUACAUAUUGCCUCUAAAUUUUUGAGUAUUAUUCCAACGACCAAAUCCAAAACUGUUUAUAUUAGUGAUCCGACUUGGAUUAACCAUGUCAAUAUUUUUGAAAAUGAGGGAUUUAAGGUUGAAAAAUAUCCUUAUUGGGAUUAUGAAAACAAAUGCUUAAACUUUGAUGCCAUGUUAAGUUACUUUCAAAGUAUUGAAAAUGGCGGGAUUAUUUUAUUACACGCUUGUGCGCAUAAUCCAACUGGUAUGGAUCCAACUGAAACACAAUGGAGACAAAUUUUGGAUGUGAUGCACGAAAAAGAUCACUUUGUCUUGUUUGAUAGUGCUUACCAAGGGUUUGCUUCUGGCUCUUUGGAAAAAGAUGCGUUUGCUAUCAGAUUGGCCGUCAAUGAAAAGUUACGUGACUCUUGUUUAUUGAUUUGUCAAUCCUUUGCCAAGAAUGUCGGCAUGUAUGGGGAACGUGUUGGGUGUUUCCACGUUGUUUUGCCAGAAGGCGGUAAUCCAUCUGUUAGCACUUCUGUUUUGAGUCACUUAAAUAAAAUUACUAGAAGUGAAGUCUCAAAUCCACCAGCCUAUGGUGCUAAGAUUGUUUCUACUAUAUUAACAAAUGAAGAAUUGACCAAUCAAUGGCAUAAAGACUUGAUUACCAUGUCCGGCAGGAUUAAGGAGAUGAGAUAUAAGUUAAGAGAUCAUUUAGUCACUUUAAAGACCCCUGGUAAUUGGGACCACAUUGUUCAGCAGUGCGGUAUGUUUUCGUUUACUGGAUUAAAUAGCGAAAUGGCCCAAAGAUUAGAAAAAAAACAUGCUGUUUAUAUUACAGGUAACGGAAGAGCUUCGAUUGCUGGGUUGAAUGAAGGAAACGUGGAAUAUGUCGCCAAAGCUAUUGACGAAGUUGUUAGACAUUUCCAAGAACAAUCCAAGUUGUAA